AUGUUUGGGCUAAACGACAAGAAGAAAGAGAAUCGCAAGAACGUGAGAAGGUUCAAAGAUUCGUCCCGGCUUUUCCAGCUUUCGCGUGUACCAAAAAUCAUGCAACAAGCAAUUGAGCAACACUUCCCUUCUGUUUCUGAAGCUGCUUCGAUAAAGGUGGAUAAGGACACCGCGCGACGGCCAGCUGACUCUGACUUUGCCCGUGCCACAUUGAGGGCUAGACGACAACAGGGUAGCAAUGAUGUGCGCCAACUAAUGUACUCUGAGGAUGCGUAUCAGCGCCGAGCUCCCUCGCAUGUGCAACGACAAGAAAGUGACGGUGAUUACCGUUCUCAAGCUCCUAUCAAAAUCGCUCAAAAAAUAGAAACACGGAAUGAUCACAAGGAGGCGGCCAAUGCAGAAGCUUGGAACAAAAGUAGGUCAUAUACAGAAUUGAAGGAUUGGAAAAAUAAUUUUCUUCACACCUUCGCAUUCGGGCUGCGUCCAGGGUCGCCCGUACCAGUGAAAUAUCAGGACAGCACGCCAGGACUUAAUGUGAGGACGGGAACAAGCAGUUGCUGUCGCGAGAUGCGGACGCAUCGCAUCAUCGUGCCGGUCCUGCAGCUGACGCGGAAGGGAACAAGCGCAUACCACUCCCAUUUGGACAAAAAUGGAUUCUUUCCUGUAGUAAAACCCUCUCUAAUCUUUUGAAC